UCUGUUUCAUAUCAAAGAGCUAGAUCGGACCGCAUCAACGCUCUGAGGAAACAAUACGAUGCAUUUCUGGAAGAAGAUAAGAAACGAAAGGAGCGGAAUGAAUUUAUUUUGGGAAAACUCGAUAAAAUGCGUUACAACAGCGCAUUGGUGCCUUUGCGACACAAGUUUCAGCCCAGCAAAUUUGUCAAUCGCCCAGAUGUAGUCGAUCGCCUAGGACACCCACUGGAGAUAUCUCCAGUUCGUGAUCUCCAACCACCUACUCUAAGUCAAAAUCAACUGAUUCCAAAUACUCCGAUUAAUAAUAUCGAAGAGACAUAUUUGAUUCAAGAAAUAAGCAAAAAAUACAUACUCAUUCCCAAGGUUAGAUCUUCAUUUACAAGCAAUUAUAUAAGAAACGAGACACCCAAACAAAAUACGGAGACAUUGCAAAUGCGAUCCGGUCAAGACACGAUCCCCAUUAACGAUUUCAACCCGACAUCUAGUGAAAAUACGGAUUGGAAGAGUAAAUAUGAAAUAUUAAAUAUAUUAAAGAAAGAAGAAAAUGAAAAGCCAGGCAAUUGUUCCACCAACGUCGUCGCUUUGCCUGAUCACAGUGUUCACGCAGACAGUGUUUUGGCAAACGAACAUGAACCUAAUAUUACUGCUCAUUACGAUAACCACGUAAAUGCAGGCCUUACUGAUUAUGCUUCAGUUAAUGGUGUUGACCAGUUUCCGGAGAGAGAUUUACCUACUGAUUCUAUAAAUUACGAAUUUUCAAACGAUAAUGAAUAUAUACAAAAUACUAAUGUAGUUGCAAACAUGGUUAAAAAUGCAAGCAGGGAAUUUAACGAAGAUGUAGAACCACAUCACGACCAAACAGGUGCAACUGGAUAUGAAUUACAAAAUAUGGCAUGCAACUCUUCAGUCGCAAAUGAUAUCGAAAUUCCGGAAGAACAUACUAAUUACUUAGCACAAUCUGUAUCAAACGCAAAUGUUACGUCAACCAACGUGAACGUUCCUUCGGAUCAAAGGUGCGAUAUUACAAGUGAAAAUAUUAAUGUUAAAGAUGAAAUUCCAGUUGCAUUUGAAUCUCUAAAAUUAAAUGAACAAAAUGAGCCAGCUGAAAAGGGUAAUUCAGAAGAGAUAUUCUAUGAGAAUGAAGAAGUAAGCCAGAGCCAGGUUUCAAACUCAUACGCACCAGCUACAGAAAUUAAUUUGAAUUCGUCACUAGUAAUGGCUGUAACAGAUCCUGUUCUAGGAAAUGAAACUGCAACAGAAAUAAGUUGUGACCAAGAAUUUAAACACAGUAACGAAAUUCAAAUGAAAAGUGAUGUCAAUGUUGUUCCAAAAGAACAAACUAACCUAAACACUGAUACCGGUACAUUGGAACAGACUGAUUCUGUAAUCGACCAAUCCGACCCCUUUAUUGGACAAACGGAAUCCGCGAUCGAACAAACCGAACCCAUUAUUGAACAAACGGAGGAUCCAACGUAUGUAGCUGAAUCUAUAGCAGACUUUGAAGCUGAACAAAGGGAAAUGUUCUAUUCAGAACAAGCAGACGAAAAUUAUGCUCAUCAGCAAGGUGAGGGUGCAACUCCUUAUGAUUACUCCCAAAAUGAGUAUCCCAUAGAUCAAGAAUAUGUUUAUGGCGACCAAAAUGCUGCAGCUUUAACUACUGAAUUAAAUGAUGAAUUGGUUACACAAAAAUAUGAUCCGAUCUACGAACAGCAAUAUACAGACGUAGAUCAAGGUGCAGAGCACCAACAAUACACUCAGCAAUACGAGGAGCCUCCAAACGUUACGAACAAACACGAUCCAACGUUUGAUACGUUGCAAUAUGAGCAGGAGUACGAAACCCAGGGAACAAUUGAACAAACGCUUGAUUUGGAAGACGGAUACGUAGGGCAACCUCACGACCCACAACCCGAUGUUGAAAUUGAGGAAGAAACUGCUGAAACUAUACUAGCGUCUUAAUGGUACCGCGUCGAUGCUUCACUCUGUCAUUAAUUUAAAACAUUUCAGUACGGUUCCUACCCUUUAAAUCUUGUCUAGAAUUACUGCUGCACAAAUAAUAUAAAUCAAUAUUCUAUCUACUUUUCGUUAACCUGAAAAUAUGCUUAGCACCUAGGUAUGUAAUUAUGACCGUUUUGGCAUUAGGGCCUAUGCACAUCGCGUUUUUUAAUCGUGCUGUUAACGUGUUUUUUUCCUAAAGACAUCUGCAGAGCAGUUCAUAUCGCCACACAUCUCGCGUUUGCACCGCGUCGUUUAAAUAAACAUGCGCGUUUGAUUUGAUCAGAAUCGCAGGUCUGUAUAUCGCAUCGUGUGCAUGGUCCCUGUUGCAGAACGGAUUUUUUCCACUAACACUAAUCACUGUAACUACUAUUAGCAUGUUGAAUGUUAGCUUGUUUGACGAACAGUCUGUAGAGUUUGUUUCGAGAACACGCCAAAGAUUUUUUACGUCCGUUUGGGACAUCUACACUGAAAUAAUUUUUGUUACGCCCGUAAAGAUUACGCCAGUGCGAACGGGCUUUAAUUAUAUCUUGUGUUGAAUAGCUAUAAAAUUGCCGAAAUGUUUGCCUUUAAUUCGUCGUUAAUAUUGAAUGUCUGAUUUACAAUAAAAGAGUAUUUAUUUA